AUGAGCUGUAAACGAAUUGCAGAGAAAUGUGCUGCUGGAUCGUGCGUUCUCGAUGAAUCAAAUGGAUCACAUUCAUGUCUCUGUCCAUACGGUCGAAUUGGACGUUUGUGUGAACAUAUCGACAGGGAUGCUCAUCAAAAACCAUUGAAUGCAAUUCGUUUCAAUGGUGAAAGUUCCUUUUUAUCCUUACCACCUCCAUCGACACUUCGCAAUUACACGCUAGAAUUAUUGGUGAGUCCUCGAACUACUCAAGAUCAGCUGCUGGCUUACGUUGCGUCCGAUUACGAUCCCAAACAUAGCAAUUUCAUGGGAUUGGUUAUGGAGAACGGAAAAUUCGUCUAUGUUUACAACAAUGGCGAUGGUGAUUUCGAGAUUGAAGAUGCUGAACAAGUCAAAGAAGGUAACGCAUAUAGGGUAGAGCUGAAACGAAUCGGUCCGAAGGGAGAGUUCGGAAUCAAUCAUCGUAAGGUGGCAAGUAGACGUCAACAACCUUCCUUCCAAGUGGGCACCGAUUUAUUUGUUGGUGGCUUACCGCCUGGUGUUGCACCACAUAGACGCUUGGAGCAGUACAGUUCACUGAAUGGUUGCAUCUAUAAGAUCAUCAUAAAUGGUGAAGAACAAGACUUGAAACGAUUCGCUACAGUUUCAUCGGGUGGUUUGAGUGAAUGUGAGGAGGAACUCCCUCCGAUAUCUACAACUACCACUACGACUACUACUACAACACCGUUACCAGUCGUAACAUCAACUGUUGCUGUAAUGCCUGAAAUUGAAAUAACUCCGGCCGCACUUUUUACC